AACCCAACUUCUCUCUCUCUCUCUCUCUAUUCUUUUCUCCUCUAUCAUCGCCGUCGCAUUAUCCGGUGAUAAUAUUUUCCUUACGGCGCCAGUAAUUUUUUAUUCCCGGAAAUACCCUUCCUCUUCUCCAUAUAUUCCACUUUUCCGUUACACUUAAUUUUCUUUUAGGUUUUUUUUCUUGGUUAUGCAUUUAUUGCCGUCUUUUCAACCUAUAUACUUGGAAAAGGUAGCUAUAGCAGAAAUUCAGAAUUUAUUGUUCUGAAUUUUUUAGAGGUUUUUCCCCCUAAUUUUUCGUUCUGAAUAUAUAGAGGGUAUUACAGGGAUUUUGUGGAGCUAUUUUGAUUUGUCGAUCUACAAGAGUUGAGAAUUCCGGCAGCCAUGUCGGGUCCGUUAGAUCGGUUUGCUAGGCCUUGCUUUGAGGGUUCAUCUGCACGUGAAGAGAGAAGGGAAAGAAAAUCUGAUUUUGAGAAUUCAGAGGAUGAGAGGAGGACGAGAAUUGGUUCCCUGAAAAAGAAAGCACUGAAUGCAUCAACAAAAUUCAAACAUUCUCUCAAGAAGAAAAAUAGUAGAAGAAAAAGCGAUGGACGAGUGAGCUCAGUUUCCAUCGAGGAUAUUCGGGAUGCUGAGGAGCUACAGGCUGUUGAUCAGUUUAGGCAAGCAUUACUUUUGGAUGAGCUGUUACCAGAGAGACAUGAUGACUACUAUAUGAUGUUGAGGUUCUUAAAAGCAAGGAAGUUUGACAUCGAGAAAGCGAAGCACAUGUGGGCUGAUAUGAUUCAGUGGAGGAAGGAUUUUGGGGCUGACACGAUUACGGAGGAGUUUGAAUUCCCAGAGAUGGACGAAGUUGUAAAACAUUAUCCCCAAGGUUAUCAUGGGAUUGAUAAGGAGGGUAGACCAGUGUACAUUGAAAGACUAGGGAAAGUUGAUCCUACCAAACUCAUGCAAGUCACAACCAUGGAUCGUUAUAUAAAAUACCACGUACGAGAGUUCGAGAAAACCUUUAUGAUUAAGUUUCCAGCUUGUACAAUAGCCGCAAAAAGGCAGAUCGAUUCAAGCACGACCAUUUUGGAUGUUCAGGGAGUGGGCUUGAAAAACUUUAGCAAGAGUGCAAGGGAGCUUAUUAUGCGGCUCCAGAAGAUUGAUGGUGAUAAUUAUCCCGAGACUCUUCAUCAGAUGUUCAUAAUCAAUGCUGGACCUGGGUUUAGGCUCCUUUGGAACACGGUUAAGAGUUUUCUGGACCCGAAGACAGCCUCCAAAAUACAUGUUCUAGGGAACAAGUACCAGAACAAAUUGCUUGAAAUAAUUGAUGCUAGUGAGUUGCCCGAGUUCCUAGGUGGUACCUGUACAUGUGCAGGCCGAGGGGGUUGCAUGCGUUCGGAUAAAGGGCCAUGGCAAAAUCCAGAUAUACUAAAGAUGAUUGGUGAAGCACGGCGUGCCAAACAGCUUGUUAAAGUUCUAAAUAGUGAAGGGAAGGUAGUUUAUGCUAAGCCUCGCUAUCCAACGGUAAAAGGUAGUAGUGACACCUCUACUGCAGAAUCUGGAUCUGAAGCUGAAGAUAUUGCUUCCCCAAAAGCUGUAAGGAGUUAUUCACAUCUUCGGCUUACUCCUGUCCGAGAAGAGGUAUACCUGUCCGUUUUCACUCAAUUUCAUGAGGUGGCUUUUCUUUUAUUGAAAGGAUUCGACUGGACAUCACUUGACAAAAAAGACCGUCUUACGUCAAACUGCGGCUCGAUACUUCCACCAGCGGACUCUCAAAAACCUGUAGAAGGUCUUCGUGCUCGAGUUAUAGGACUUUUUAUGGCCUUCUUCAUGACGGUGUUGAUGCUUUUCCGCUCAGUUACAUGCCAUGUAACCAAGAAAUUACAAGAUUCAUCGACUGUUGAAGACCAAGCUGGUCAAGAAUUUACUUUUGAUGCUAGCGCUAAAGAGGAGUUUCGGCCCCCUUCACCUAUUCCAGCUUUUACAGAAGCUCAACUACUCUCCGUUGUUCUCAAGAGAUUGGGUGAACUUGAAGACAAAGUAAAUACGCUUCAAGAAAAGCCAUCUGAGAUGCCUUAUGAGAAAGAGGAAUUGCUAAAUGCAGCAGUUUGCCGAGUGGAUGCCCUAGAAGCUGAGUUAAUAGCAACCAAGAAGGCAUUGCAUGAGGCUUUGAUGAGGCAAGAGGAACUUCUUGCUUACAUUGAUGGUCAAGAAGCUGCCAAGUUCCGGAAAAAGAAGUUUUGCUUUUAAGAUGAAGAUGCCUCGGGACGUUGAUCUCGGAUUUUCAACUGUGGUAUCCAAAUGAGAUACAUAUUUGUAAUGUAUGUGUUAGGCAGUACUCGCAGUAUGCGUUGAGUGCUUCCUUUUUUUCUUUUUUCUUUUUCGGAUCCUCUGUUACAUUUGCAAAAUGAGGUGCACAAUUUCUCAUCAUGUGAAAAGUUAUAUUUUCUGUAAGUUUGUUGUGAGUUUGUUUUUGACAUACUGAAGUAACAUUUGAAAGUGUUUUAAUUCAACAAUCA